GUUGCUUGCUGUUGCCAGGGUGGCAUGGCGCGUAAGUAGAUUGCUACUCCGGUUAAUGAACCAGUAAUGCAGGAGGCAGCUGCUCUUUGUCAAAUGAAUGGUAACAACAGAAGCUCCUCCUUAGGGUUGUCUGAGGAUUCACUGAGUCAACAGAUGUAGAGUCAGCCUUAGAACAGUACCUUUCUGUAGUGUUCAGUCACAAUUAGCAUCAUGGCAGCCUGCAUAGCUCAUCUUGUACCUCUUUCCUCUUCUUCCAUGGUCAGUCCAUGCUUGUGAGCUACUCUAGUGGUAACUCUCUAGGCUGGCAGGAUGCUUCAAAAAGCUGUACACUUUACAGUUUCAUGCAAAAUGUUGAUAUGUAUAUAUUCAUUUUAUUUGCCUGGAGAAAGUAUCUGGCUCUUUCAAAAAGGCUGCCUCCCCUAAAGGAGUAUAUUAAAACUCCUUCACGUGGAGAAGAGUCAAAGGAGAAAAUGGCUGUUGGUUAAAACGCAAAACCAAGAGAGGUUUUGGCCUGGCUGGGGCAGGUGGUCUGGUGUCCCGGAUACACAGAGCAGAUGUAUCGGACGUGUAGAUUGUUGGCACUGUUAAGCCCUCUUCUGUGUGCAUUUAACCAUUUCUCACUUAGUAUUUGCAAAUCCAUUUUAUAGAUAAAAUAGGAGCAACUACCGCUAACUUGAGUUUUGUUUUAUUUUUAGAAGGAAUUUACAGAGAGAACAAACAGUACAUUAGACCUAUAUAAAUCAUUCACCAUUUCAUGAAUUCAGUUGGUGAUGUAUAAUAACAAAAUUUUGUAUUAAAAAUUUAAGAAGUGUUGGCCUAGACGCCCGGAGCCAGCGCGGUGAGGACCAUGUUGCUUCCGAACAUCCUGCUCACGGGUACACCAGGGGUUGGAAAAACCAUGCUAGGCAAAGAACUUGAAUCAAGAUCAGGACUGAAAUACAUUAAUGUGGGUGAUUUAGCUCGAGAAGGGCAGUUGUAUGAUGGCUAUGAUGAAGAGUAUGAAUGCCCCAUUUUAGGUGAAGACAGAGUAGUUGAUGAAUUAGGAAACCAAAUGAGCAAAGGUGGAGUUAUUGUUGAUUACCAUGGUUGUGAUUUCUUUCCUGAACGCUGGUUUCAUAUAGUUUUUGUGCUGCAAGCAGAUAACAGUGUAUUGUACAAAAGACUUGAAACAAGGGGUUAUAAUGAAAAGAAACUAAAAGACAAUAUUCAGUGUGAAAUUUUUCAAGUUCUUUAUGAAGAAGCAUUAGCAUCCUACAAGGAGGAAAUAGUACAUCAACUACCCAGCAAUAAACCAGAAGAUCUAGAGGAUAAUAUCAAUCAGAUAUUGAAGUGGAUUAAGGAUCAUAGCUCCUGACUUACAAGACUGGCCACUUUACAACCACUGUUUGUUAUAUCCCUGCCAUAAUGAAUAAAUUGUCCAGUUGUCAGUAAAACUUUCUUAUUAAGAUUGUGCUGCAGGACUAGUAGAUGGAUAAUCUAAAGGUUUAUAUUUGGGCUUUUUUUCUCCACGAGAAAGCAAAACAUUCUCAAGUAUAGUAUAUACAAUAUCAUUAAGGAUUUAGAGUAAAAACUGUCAUCUUAAAUGCUUCAACUGCUGAAGAAUAAAUAAAUCUGACCAAAUGGGUGGCUAUCUUCUAAGCUGGUUACAAAAGAAAAUGAAGAUGAUCCCUUAAAAUAAAACUUAAGACUAAGGAUAAAAAAAAAAAAAAA